UCCAUCUCAAGAGAACAGUAUUCGAUAACUCAGUAAAAUUUGACCCGAUCGCAAGUGCUGUUACAGAGAGAAAAACACCACAAUGUUUUCCAAACUGCAGAAAAUUCCGCCUUGCUUCACAGUUGGAAAGCGACUGUACCAUAACAUUUCCCGCGAAGCUUUCGAGGCACCGGAUUUGAAACAGACAGUGACAAGCAGUUUUGGCUCAUUUGUCUCAAGAGUCAAAGCGGAUCAUCUCUCAGACACGAUUUUACACAGGAGUAAACGCAUGAUCUUGGAUAACAUUGGAGUCGGAAUUCUGGGCAGCACUAGCCAUGUUUUUGAUAUCUGCCUCAGUUACUGCCAGCAAAUGUUUGCUCAAGAUCCAAUCAGCUCAGUAUAUGGACGCAAAGGAUUAAAACUUUCUCCCACGCUGGCUGCUUUCACCAAUGGAGUCGCGGCCCACUCGAUGGAUUUCGAUGAUACCUGGCACCCUGCCACUCACCCCUCGGGAGCUGUACUGCCUGCUCUCCUAGCUGCUGCCCAGAUGUUGCCUACAAACUCCAAACCCAGUGGUCUUGACUUCCUGCUGGCCUUUAAUGUGGGCAUUGAAAUUCAGGGCAGGUUAAUGCGUUUCUCCCAAGAGGCGAACAACAUCCCUAAGAGAUUUCACCCUCCCAGUGUGGUUGGGACAAUGGGCAGUGCCGCAGCCAUAGCCAAAUUCCUAUCACUGAAUGCCAAUCAAUGCAUUAAUGCCCUGGCUAUUGCAGCUUCACUCUCAGGGGCACCAAUGGCCAAUGCAGCCACUCAGGCAAAACCCAUCCAUAUUGGCAAUGCCACACGGCUAGGCUUUGAGGCAGCUGUCCUGGCUUCUAAAGGGAUGGAGGGAAAUGUGAAAAUUCUAGACAAGACCCUUGGCUGCUUUGGAUUUUCUGCUUUCUAUGGUGAUUACGAACCUCAGAAGAUUGCACCACUUGAGCAGACACGUUUUCUGCUUGAGGACCAAGAUAUUGCAUUUAAGCGCUUCCCUGCUCAUCUGGGCAUGCAUUGGGUAGUAGAUGCUGCUGCCUCAGUUAGGCAGUUGGCGAUUGAUAAUGAUGGUGCCUUUUCACCCUCUAUGAUUGACAGGAUAAUUCUGCGUGUCCCUAUUUCCCGAUACAUCAACAGGCCAUUCCCAGAGUCAGAACAUGAGGCUCGCCAUUCCUUCCAGUUUAAUGCCUGCUCUGCAUUGUUGGAUGGUGAUGUGAACAUUGAAUCAUUCACGGAAAGUAAACUCCGACGAGAUGAUCUCAAUGAGUUACUUAACAAAGUGGAGCUUCAACAUCCUGAAGAUAAUGUGGCCAGUUUUGAGAAGAUGUACGGAGAAGUGGUUCUGGUCCUGAAGAACAGCGAUAUGCUCAGGGGAAAAUGUGACACCUUCUAUGGACACUGGAGAAGCCCACUGUCUAGAGAAUCACUGCUCACCAAGUUCAGAAAUAAUGCUUCAUAUGUGUUGGAGCAGGACAAAAUCGAAGCUAUUAUCAACACUGUUGAGAACCUUGAAGAAGUGAGGGACAGUUCCACUUUAACUGUUUAUUUGCAGUGAAAAAUAUCGACUUCUUUGCACUAAUAUUUAAAUGUUAAUUAGCAGGUUGAUCAUAGGUUUUCAUAUUUGGUAGGCGAUGUGUAAUCUGCAUUAUAAGGAUUUAAACUCCUGAAACCUUGGGGCAGAAGUUGUUGGUAUUACAGUCCAUUGCUGCAACUGGGCAAGACUUCCCUCCACUGACUAGUCAGCUCUUUGGCAUCUGGCCAAAUUUCCGGGAUUGGUGGAGUGGUGAGUGGGGGUUUUGGGGGGGAGGGUGCGGGUGGCAGGUGUCAUUUUAAUGUUUAGGACAGCAACCCACACCCAUCAAUGUGCACUUGUCUUGAUGAGGUGUGGGACAAAUGGAGUGGUACCCUGUGAGAUGUAGCAAAUUAGUUGAAAAAAAUCAUCACUGCAGGGAACAAAGAAGCUGUAAUCACAAGGUAAUUUGCUUUUAGAGAGAUAUUACCCCUUUCACUUUUGGGGCCUUUAAUAGGGCCAUAAUGCCAUUCAUGGGGUUAAUUUUAAUUCCCCAAAGUUGGUGGUAAUGGGAGAAAGGUUGUCAUUGGUUUCUCUCCAUUUUGGAGGAUGGCUGUUGCUUGUGUGCGUAGUCACCUGUUGUGCAUUCUAAUGUGGCUGUGGAGCCCCACUGCAAACCUGCAUGGCUUUCCACAGUGUGAGCAAACGGAAUAAAUUGUCUGAAUUUGUUAGGACAGCCAGUCUUACCAGCCUGGCUUUUGUCCUAAUCUGCUUGAAGGAAACAAUGCCACUCCUUGAGAUUUCUCCCCAGGUAGUUCUUGUGCAUUUUCUCCCAAUUUGUGCUGGACAUGCCACAUUUCCUGAGGGAGAUAGGUAAUGUUCUCAUCCCUUAAAUGCUGCUGAUCAGCUGGAAUUUCAACAAAGGCCUAUCACCACAUGGUCCCUUUUAUUAUGGUUUUUCAAGGUUCAAUAAUGUAUGUAGGACCCUGAUUGCUUUUUAAAGAAAAAGCUGUAUACUUGAUGAUAAUUCCUUGAGCGAAGCAAAAAUAAUUUCAAUUAAUUUGGGCUACUGCUGGCUUUGGAACCCCUCCCACAUCCAAACUAAUCUUGUUGCCAGCUGCCCUAGCCAAUGUUGGCCAGCCUGUAUCAGGCAAGUUGCAUCUAGUCGCCAAUUUACUGCCCCUCAGCUUCCCAAUUCAAAGUGAACGAGAUUGGAGCCUCAAAAUCAUGGCCAUCUUUUUACAACUGUUACGCGUGGGUGGCCAGCAAGCCCUACCAGUUGGCCACCCAAAAAUUGAAGUUGAACCCCAUGUCUAUUCUCAACAGGCAUGGCUUUUAUUUGGCCUAAAGAGCUUGUGAAUUUAGAACACCUCUGAAUAUAACUCCAAAACUAACUGUGAACCUGGGCUGGGGAAAAGUGGAAGUCUCAACUGUCCUUUGAUUGCAAUUUAUAAAACCAGCGAUUCUGGGUUCCACCAAAAAUAUGGACAAUCUUCUCAAGUUGUACCCUCUCUCACCGCAGGAGUUUCAGCCUCCUGGUGUUUUCCACUUGUAAUUUCCUGAACUUUGAUAUUUGCUACUUGAUAUAUGUAAAGAUAACAAUUGACUGUAAAAUAUGUAAUUUAUUUAAUAGGCAGGUAAACAGAAAUGCUUAGAAAAAUUUUGUUCUAAAUUAUGUGAUGCUCUGAUGAUUACUUAAUUAAAACUUACACUAUUUAACA